GUAAAGGUACAGCAGUCCGUACCAACACUCACACUCGCUCACACACACACGCUCACACACACACACACACUGACGCUCACUCACGUUCUAAAGACACGGACGGACGCGCUUCCCUCCUCUAAACGCCUCUCUCUGGCUGCGGUGGGCGCGUGCUCGACUCCAUCAGAGGACGACCACCGUUCACCUUGAGGAUAUUUUUUUUUUCUUAUUAUUUUCGUUUAUCCUGCUCCUUUCCCCUCCUCCUCCUCCUCCUCCUCCUCCUCCGGUCCGGAUGUGCCAGCAGCGCGGGGCUCUCUCUCGCGUGGCGCAGGCUCCUUCCGCCGGAGCGGGAUCCUGUUGAUGUCCGGAGGGUCGGAGGAGGCCCGCGGGUCGACGGCGAAACAUUAACCCCGCUCCCCGAAUCUACCGACUGCCGUGGGGAAUAAUCAACGACAUGAUUGUGCAAUAAGAGAAAGAGAGAGGGGUUGGGGAGAGAAAGAAAAGAGGAAGAGGCAUCGUCUUGACUACCUCCGUGUUGUGACUGAGGACCGAGAGUCACCGGGGAGCCGCCGCCGCUCCGACCCGACCGGGACGCGUCUUUCUGGGGCUUUGGGAGCUGUGACGGGCAGAAGAAGGGAAAUAUCUCCAAGAGAAAGAGAGAGAGUGUGUGUGUGUGCAUGUGUGUGUGAAGAACCUUCGAGGAGCGAAUAAAAAAAAAACAAAACAUAAAGCUUCAGGAUGACGACCAGCGGCACCCCGGCGGACAUGAUAAAUCUGCGGCUCAUCUUAGUCAGCGGGAAGACGAAAGAAUUCCUCUUCUCUCCGAAUGACUCAGCAGCUGACAUUGCCAAACACGUCUAUGACAACUGGCCGAUGGACUGGGAGGAAGAGCAGGUCAGCAGUCCGAACAUCCUGAGGCUGAUCUACCAGGGACGCUUUCUGCACGGCAACGUAACACUAGGAGCUCUCAAACUGCCCUUGGGGAAGACCACGGUGAUGCAUUUAGUUGCCAGAGAGACGUUGCCUGAGCCAAAUUCCCAAGGUCAGAGGAACCGAGAGAAGACCGGGGAGAGUAACUGCUGCGUCAUUCUGUAAACACACACCUCCGCUGCCAGCGCCUCAGUCCUCCUCAUCCGUUCUCGCCCUCCGUCUCCUGGACCCGAUGAGCUUUGUCCCCCUGUCCUGGAGGGGAUGUGAAUACCGUCGCAAACACACACCUUUACACACACACACACACACACACACACACACAUACACUCACAGAGGAAGACAGCAGGCUCAGAGGACUCCGAUGAGGGGAGCAGGAAUAUGAUUAACAGGAGUUGAUUCCUUUGUUGUACUUGAUAUGUUGUCAUAACUGAAAACAAAACUCAAAAAAAAAAAAAAAAAUUGGAGAAAGGAAACUGGAUUUUGCAUGUGUGUGUGUUUUUCUUUUCUUUCUUGAUGCACACCUUUUUAAGCCUUCUGCCACACACACACACGCAUCUGGUUUAGCGAUCUGAAGUCAGUGUGUUAAAGGUUUAACUGGCUCCUCGCUCUAGCCGGUUGUCGUUAUAAUGCAGUGCCCAAGUUUGUGUGCGUGAGCGUGUGUGUCAGUAUGUGUGUGUGUGUGUGUGUGGCCUUGUUUUCUCAUACAGACCGCUGGGAAAUUUAACCACUAACAAGUCAGAUUCUCAGUCCACACAUCCAAACCACAUGUUUGUGUGAUAUCCUUCAGUGCAGACGUGCCUGAUCAGAGAUCUAGAAACACGACACACACACAUAAACGCACACACACUCACACACACCUGUGUCCGACUCACUGCCCUCCUCUGCAUGUGCCCUUAAAGGCGGCGAGAAAGGAUCGUCUGCUGAGAGCGAGGCGGUGCCGCUCCGUUCAGUUCAGUGUGUUUUAGCCAAACGAAGCCUAACAAGCAAACCGACAGACGACCGGUCUGGUUUGGGACGUUUGUUUGUCCAUGAUUCUUUGCGGCUGUGUUUUGACAGUCCAUCCAUGUUAACUGACCGACUAGUGUUGUGAUUAAUAAGCAUCAUGUCACUUUUCGCUCCCCCCCCCCCCGUCUCAUUGUGCUCCUUUUUUCUAACAGUGUUGUGAAGGGUCUGGUCGACAGCAGGGUUAUUGAUCUCAGAAUGGAAAUGCUCCCUUAUUUGUCUUAAUUCGCCCCCCCCCCCUCUCUCCUUGAUUCUGCAUUAAUAAAUCCAUUUUGCACAACUGAAGCAUGUGCUCCUUCAUCAGAUUAAUUAAAAAAAGAAAAUGUAUAAAAAAUGUUCUAUUGUUUAUUUUAUAUUUUUCCAAUGGAAGUAAUGUUCCAAACUAAGGUAACAUGUGUAGAAUAUAUUUAAUAUGAAUCUUAUAUAGAAGAUGAUGACUUUAGAUCUUGGUGAUAUACAUUAUAUUGGUGUUUAGUCUCUGAUUGUGUAUACGGUUAGCUUCUAGCCACUUCACAGUCACUCGCUGACAAUGUCUUGUGCUUCGAGAGCAGCAAAUCUUCCCUAAUCAUUGAUGGACUGAUGGAUUUUUACUUUCUUUCUCUUGUGAUCUUUUAUCAUUAUUUUCUUUUUUUUUUUCCAUAUGUUUAUAAUUUAAUGUAAUCCAUUUUCGUUGUGGUUUUUUGCUUUAAAGAAAAAUCGCUUUGUAACAGCACUAGGUCUUAAAAAAAAUAUUGUUUAUAUUGAUCAGGGUUCAAAAUCUGUACAGAGAUAAACGUUUUCAAAACCGAUUGUAAAUAGCACUAAUGCUCCCCUCUCCCCUCCUCCAAACCUCAAAAUGGAAUACAUCUGUAAACUAAAUAAAGGUUAUUGAAGUGCUCCA